AUGACGCCGUCGAUGCGCGGUCAGAGGCAGGGACAGGAAGCGGAAGCGAAGUCUCGUAAAAACAUCAGGUGUCGGGUGUCAGGGCUCGUGCGCCAGAUCUGUUAUCGACUCGCGUGCCGCCGUAUUCGGGAGCAGAAUAAUUCGCGUAAAAGCCCCACUUUAGCCGGGAACAACCGAUAUGCGAUCCGCAGCGGCGUAAAGUUGCCGUGGAGCGAUGCAGAACCGAAUCGAUGCAAUAUUUUGUGCAGAAAUGGAAAAAUAAAGCAUCCGUGCAAUUUACUGAUUGCAGUCGCGUCGGGCCACGUUCGCCGUUUCACGAACUAUAAAAUCACGCUCGGUCGCUUGUUUUCUGCUUUCGAGGGUCUCGUCGCGCUAUGUCGCUGA